CAACUGACUUCUCCUCUCAACCCAACCACAACCCAACUCCCAAAGCCAUGGCUUGCUGUGUUGCCCGCUGCUGCAGCGUCCCCACCGGCCCUGCCACCACCAUCUGCUCCUCUGACAAGUCCUGCCGCUGUGGAGUCUGCCUGCCCAGCACCUGCCCACAUGAGAUCAGCCUCCUGCAGCCCACCUGCUGUGACCCCUGCCCCCCACCCUGCUGCCAACCUGAAGUGUACGCGCCAACCUGCUGGCUGCUCAACUCUUGUCACCCAACUCCUGGCCUGAGCGGCAUCAACCUGACCACCUUCGUCCAGCCUGGCUGUGAGAAUCCCUGUGAGCCCUGUUGUUAAGCCCUGCUCCCAGGUUCAGGGGCCUGGCUUCUCAGCAUCCUCCCCCAUCACCUGCUCUUCUGCCACUACUUCUGCCUGCAUCCCGGCUUAAUCAACCCCAGGGCCCAGGAGCAGAAGCCCAUGGACCAUGCUUAGGCUCCCCAGACUUUGUCCCUUUGGGCACAGAUGGUCGCCUUCUCUCUUUUAGGCUCUGUCCCUCCUUUUUGAGAGCUACCAUUUGGACUAUUCAUUAAUAAAGUUCAUUCUGGCUUAGCA